UCCCGUCUCCUGUGAUCGAGUAUUACUGCUGGACUUCCUACUGGAUUUCUGACUGCCUUCCCUGAUCCUCGACCCCUGCUUGGACACGGACAUUGUUGCCUCUCUCCAACCCUUGACUGCUUGCCUCCCCAUGGUCUGCCUCUUCGCCUUGCCCCCUUGGUUCGAUGAAAGGAUUCAUCCAACACGCACAGACAACAAACCCUGGAUGAGGAGAGUGUGAGCGAGUGCUGCAUGGUAUGUUCUCUAGGAGGAUGUGUGACGUCAGGACAAGGUCUUCCAGUGGCAGAGGACAGGGCAUCCAGGAGAUGUGAGCAUGCAGGUCUUUUCUGCGGAGUGGUUGCUCAGAUGACAGUCAGACCCUUUUCCAUCCUCUUCAUCAUCCUCAUCAUCAUGGCCCCUUGUGGACAAAACACUCUUCAAGAGGCUGAGGAACAUGUCCAGAGUGGGGAGGACUUCCUGUAGGCUGUCCAGCUGAAUGAAGGAUCGAGCCCACGAGGAUCGCACCUUGGCGCGCUCUUAGCCCCGCCUCCUUUCCCGGCAGGCAGGAUGGGAGACGGGAGCUGGGUGUGUCUGAGCCCCGCCGAGUUCAAGCAGCUGCAGCAGUACAGCGAAUACUCCACUAAGAAGCUGAAGGAUGUUCUGGAAGAGUUCCAUGGCGAAGGAGACCUCGCCAAAUACAACCCUGAGCAGCAAAUGGACUAUAAAGGUUUCCAGCUCUUCAUGACUUCCUACCUGGACAAGAACAUCCCUGAGCAGCUGUGUCAGCGCAUUUUCACCUCCUUCAAGAGCAAGACAGGAAACAUCUCUCCUGAACACCAACGUCCCACAUCACACAACCUGCUGGGCAUGAAUGGUAGAAGCACCCCGUCUGUGAUGUUGGGACACUGCCCCGAGCACGCGGGCAGCACGGGCCCCGCCUCGUCCCCUUGUUGGUCUCGCUCCUCCUCACGGAGGUCCACGGCUGAGGCUGGCACUCCGGAGGGGCCGUGCCGCUCCCCGUCUGGUCGGGUCAGACCCGACAACACCCCGACCCCCGACGUCGAAGCACCCAGGUUGCCUGUGUCGCCCCCCAAACUUUCCCCCGAGAGAAGUGAGAAACUUCCGUCUCUCCCAAGGAGCCCGUCGCCCCACAGGGGGUCUCCGCAGCCCCAGGUGGUCUUUCUCAAGGACAUCGUCUGCUACCUGUCUCUCCUGGAGCGCGGGACGCCCGAGGACAAGCUGGAGUUCAUGUUCCGGCUCUACGACAGGGACGGUAACGGCGUCCUGGACAAUUCUGAGCUGGAUCGCAUCAUCAGUCAGAUGGUGCACGUGGCCGAGUACCUGGAAUGGGACUCCACAGAACUGCGGCCGAUUCUGAAGGAAAUGAUGGAGGAGAUCGACUAUGACCGAGAUGGGACCGUCACGCUGGAGGAGUGGAUUCGAGGAGGCCUGACCACCAUCCCCUUACUGGUGCUGCUCGGCAUGGACACGAACGUUCAGGAGGACGGUCAGCACGUUUGGCGCCUGAAGCACUUCAACAAGCCGGCCUACUGUAACUUGUGCCACGCCAUGCUGCUGGGCGUACGCAAGCAGGGCCUCUGCUGCUGCUUGUGCAAGUACACCGUGCACGAGCGCUGCGUGUCCAAAAACAUCGCCGCCUGCAUCAGCACCUACGCCAAGUCUCGUAGACACACCCAGGCCUUGCAGCACGUGUGGAUGGAGGGUAACUCGCCCAGCAAGUGCGAUCGCUGCCACAGGAGCAUCAAGUGUUACCAAGGCCUCACCGGCCUCCACUGCGUGUGGUGCCACAUCACUCUGCACAACAAAUGUGCUUCUCACCUGAAACCUGAAUGUGAUGGAGGAGCCUUGAAGGACCACACUCUACUUCCUUCUUACAUCUGCCCCGCUGUCCUGGACCGCCAGACUGUGGUCAAACGUAGUGAAGGCGAGUCGCCGCCGAGCACCAGCCCGGACGACGUCGCCCACACCUUGAAAUUGUCCCCGGUAGAAGGACAAGCGUUGCAGAUCUCACCCCUCCCAGGCACGCACCCCCUGCUGGUGCUGGUCAACCCCAAGAGUGGUGGCAGACAAGGAGAACGAGUUCUCAGGAAGUUCCGCUACCUUCUGAACCCGCGGCAGGUGCACAGUUUGGAGCAAGGUGGCCCUGCAGCCUGGCUCAACUUCUUCCGCGACGUUCCCAACUUCCGCGUGCUGGCGUGUGGCGGUGACGGCACCGUGGGCUGGAUCCUGGACUGCAUAGACAAGGCCAACUUGGCACAGCACCCCCCGGUGGCCAUCCUCCCUCUGGGCACCGGCAACGACCUGGCACGCUGUCUACGCUGGGGGGGAGGUUACGAAGGUGGCAGCCUGCUUAAGUUCCUGCGAGACGUGGAGCACAGCAGCGAGGUUCUCCUGGACCGCUGGAACAUCGACAUCGUGGCCGAGGACGGGCGGGACCAGGGCGACCCGGUGCCAUACAACAUCGUCAACAACUACUUCUCCAUCGGCGUGGACGCGUCCAUCGCUCAUCGCUUCCAUGUGAUGCGAGAGAAGCACCCUGAGAAGUUCAACAGCAGGAUGAAGAACAAGCUGUGGUACUUUGAGUUUGGCACCACAGAGACUCUUUCCUCCACCUGCAAGAAGAUCAACCAGUGCAUCCAGGUGGAGUGUGAUGGCAUAAUUUUGGACCUCAGCAACGCGUCCUUGGAAGGCGUGGCCGUGCUCAACAUUCCCAGCAUGCACGGCGGCUCCAACCUGUGGGGCGAGUCCAAGAAGAGGAGGAAGUACAAGCGCAUGAGCAGGAAGGUUCCUGACAGCAGAACCCUCACCGACCCCAAGGAACUCAAGUUUUGCAUGCAAGACUUCAGCGACCAGCUGCUGGAGGUGGUGGGUCUGGAGGGCGCCAUGGAGAUGGGUCAGAUCUACACGGGACUGAAAAGCGCCGGACGUCGGCUGGCUCAGUGCACCAGUGUCACCAUCAGGACUUCCAGACCACUGCCCAUGCAGAUUGAUGGCGAGCCCUGGAUGCAGACGCCAUGCACGAUCCGCAUCACGCACAAGAACCGAGUUCCCAUGCUGCUGGGUCUGCCUCAGAGGACACCGUUCCUCUUCUUCCACAAGCGCAGUCGGGACUAAAAGGCGUCCACAAGCGCCAAUGGAUUUUAAGACGCGCCACGAAGCCUGCUGAGAAGAAGUUCUUCAUGAAGGACACAAAGCUGCUGCUUGUGGGCAGAAGAAGAAGAACAACAACAAGUUCUUCAUCCACCAUUCAAGAUUUUCUUGGAACAACCAUGAAGUGUGGACUUGAAAUGUUGCGAUCAGAUCUUGGAUUGGUCCAAUCACCGGACUUCUCAGGGACGGACUUCCACAACUCUGCCGGUCUCAUUGGCCCAAGUCCUGAAGGACUCCUUCUAAAUCUAUCCUGCCUUUUCACUAUGGAAGGUCACAAGGAAAUAAAGAAAUAAUUCUUAAAAUAAUUUUUAAUGUGUCAAAAGUUCAUUAUAAUUGGAACAAAUAAAUAAAUGCGUAAUAAGUAAAAGUAAAUGUGUUCAUGUUUAAUUAACAAUUAAAACAUUUUUUAUAUAUUUAAUUAUAUCACAAUUUAAUUAUUUAUUUUACUUUUUGAUUAUUUCAUGUUUUAAUUAAUUAUUUCAUUGUUCAAAAAGUUUCAAGCCUUAAUUAAAUAUUGAUUGAAUUGACAACAUUUUUGUAUCAUGAUUAAAUUAAGGGAUUAUUUAAGCAAUAAUUAAAAUAUUUAUUUUCCCAAUUCAAUGAAGUAUUUAAUUGAUGUAUUAAAUAUUUAAAUAUUUAAUUAAUUAUUUCAUGUUUUAAUUAUUUAAUUGUUAAUGUUUUAAGCCUUAAUUAUUGAUUGAAUUGACAGUUCUUUUGUAUCAUGACUAAAUUAAGGAUGUAUUUAAGCAUUAAUUUUAAUAUUUAUUUUCACAAUUCAAUUAUUUAUUUUAUUAACAAUGUAUUAAAUGUUUUAAUAUUUAAUAAAUUGAUUUACGAUUUAUUAUUUCAUAUUUGAAUUAUUCCACAAUUUAAUAGAUUUUUAGUUUGAAUUAACCGUUUUUUUUAAUACAUAAUUAUUUCUCCAUUAAAACAGUAAUUUCAACAUUUAAUUACUGUAAUUAUUUGACAAUUGAAUGAUUUAUUUCAUUUUAUUUUUUAUGAACAUGUGUGUCAGCAUUAAUGAAGCGCUGAUCCACACAUUUUAAAGUAAUUGAAUCAUGAAAUAAUUGAUUAAAAUUGUGAUGUAAAUUGUGUAAUAGUUAAACUAGUUAAACAACUGAUCGCAUAUUGAAUGAAUGAAAUACAUUGUGAAAUAAUUAAACAGUAAACACGUUAAAUGUUAAAUUAAUCAAUGACGCGUGUCAUCACACAUAUAUUUAUAUUGUUUUAAUUCCAAUUUUAAUGAACGAAUGACACAUUCAGGUCAUUAUUUAAUGAUUUAAUUCUUUAAUUUCGACCCUCCAUGAAUGCUUCACUGCCAGAGAAUGUCACCAACAUGUCUGCACUGAUAUCAAUACCGUAUUUUUCGGAGUAUAAAUCGCUCCGGAGUAUAAGUCGCUCCGGAGUAUAAGUCGCACCGGCCGAAAAUGCACAAUAAAGAAGGAAAAAAACAUAUAUAAGUCGCACUGGAGUAUAAGUCGCAUUUUUUGUGGAAAUGUAUUUGAUAAAACCCAACACCAAGAAUAGACAUUUGAAAGGCAAUUUAAAAUAAAUAAAGAAUAGUGAACAACAGGCUGAAUAAAUGUAUGUUAUAUGAGGCAUAAAUAACACAACCACACACUUGAUACUGUACACAACAACACACUUGAUACUGUACACAACAACACACUUGAAACUGUACAGAACAACACACUUGAAACUGUACACAACAACAUACUUGGUAUUGUACAUAACAACACACUUGAUACUGUACACAACAACACACUUGGUACUGUAGACAAUACUAAUCCAAGAAGAAUGUUAUAAUCAGCACAAAGGAACAUAUUUGAAUGUAACACGCAUGCUUGCUCAGCAACAAGAUUCAAACACUGUCUUUAUUUAUUAAACAUAA